CUGCUGCCCGCCCUCAUUAUGGUCACAUGGCUUUGACAUCACGACCUUCUCAAAGCCGCCUUCCAUUCCAGCUUGUACUCUAUCCUGCGGGGCGAAGUUGAGGCCAGGUAGAGAUCCUUCAGUAUGACCCACCAACUGCUGCCCCGUGCACUUGUCUCACCACGCUGGCUCUGGGAUACCUUGCGUAACGGCUCUGCCCUCUCGGGGACUCUUCGUGUGUUGGAUGCAUCGUGGCACCUCCCCAAAUCAGGAAGAGAUGGAUGGCGGGAGUACAAGGAGCGCCAUAUCCCUGGCUCCUACUUCUUCGACAUAGAUGCAUGCAGCGACCGCACUUCCCCAUAUGACCACAUGCUUCCCACUGCAGACCAGUUUUCUGAAUAUACAGGAAGACUGGGAAUCUCCAACAACAGCCACAUCGUUGUCUAUGAUGCCAGUGACUUUGGAUCCUAUAGUGCCCCUCGUGUCUGGUGGAUGUUUAGGAUCUUUGGCCAUCCACAGGUCUCUGUAUUAGAUGGAGGCCUGAAAGCCUGGCUAAGAGAAGGACUUGCGGUUAACUCAGGAAAGGAGCCUCGGCCACAGCCUGCAGAGUUUCAUACCCAGUUCAACUCUUCUCUAGUUGUGGGACAUGAGGACAUGGUGGAGAAUAUUGAGAAAAAGAAAUUUCAAAUGGUAGAUGCCAGAGUGGAAGGAAGAUUCAGAGGUUUAGAGCCGGAGCCCCGAGAAGGUAUUGAACCUGGGCAUAUUUCUGGCGCAGUGAAUGUUCCUUUUCCUAGCUUUUUGACAGCAGAAGGGUAUGAAAAGUCUCCCGAUGAGAUCCGACGCUUGUUCCAUGACAAGGGUGUUGAUCUCUCCAAGCCAACGGUGGCUACUUGUGGAUCAGGUGUCACAGCUUGCCAUGUGGCCCUGGCAUCCUUCCUCUGUGGCAAAGAAGACGUUUCUAUCUAUGAUGGCUCAUGGGUUGAGUGGUACAUGCGUGCUAAGCCAGAGGAUGUCAUCUCAGAGGGUAGAGGGAAGACCUUGUGAGGUCAGGGGAAUUCAGAAUAGGCAUUUCAUUCCCAACCAUGAUAUUAACCCUAUGGCUGUACUGGGUCACCUGUAAAGCAAAGAUACCUUUUGAAAGUUCAUGCUCACUGUUAGUCCAACUUCUGUGUUUGGCUAACUGUUAUCACAAUCAAAAAGUUUACUGGCCAUGCCAUGUCCAUCCUUAUAAAACAGUGCCUUAUUUCUCUUUUCUGAAUGGGCCUUGUGGAGAGAUGUCAUUCAUAAUUUGUACAAAUGGAUUCUCUGUGGAUUCUCAGUUUUAUCUUUGUGCAGGGUCUAAUGAACUCUAAUUUUUGGAAGGAUAUUUGAGAUAAAUAGCUGUAAUUUUAUUUUCAGAAUGGUUUUCAGGUACUGCAUAAAGACCCUUUAACGGUUAGUAAAAGGCUGUUGAAUUAUUGAAACAGCCCAAACCGACUGUAUUGUAUUCAAAUUACAUUAUUUACAGGGGAGACACUGUAUUUAGCACUUUAAGUGAAUGGAGGGGGGUCUGCUAAAGAUGAAUUCUGCACAGGUUCUGCUGCACAAAACACAGUAAGUUGAUUCAUUUUGUAUGAAGUUGUGGGAAGGCAGGAACUUUUUAACAGACAUUGCAAUCAUCUUUGUCAAUAUUCUCUGUAAGCAAAUACUGUUUUUUUUAAUGAACACAUUAAAAAGAAAGAUUGCCUACUA